AUGUCGGCACGACAAACGAGGCGCCAGGCCGCCCAGGCCGCUGCUGGCGAAUUGCCCAAGGUUGCCAGCGAAGAACCCGCCCAACAGGUUGCGAUGAAUGGAAAUAGCAACGAAGCUUCUUUGACGGAAGCCUCGGACGGUGGCCCUAAGGAGAACAUCUUUCUGUUCUGGCCCAACAUCAUCGGCUACUUCCGCAUCGUCCUCGCCAUCGCCUCCCUCUACUACAUGCCCCUCCAUCCGCGAACCUGCUCUCUGCUAUACAGCGUAUCCUGCCUUCUGGAUGCCCUCGAUGGAUACGCUGCGCGCGCGUUUGAACAAUCGACUCGCUUCGGCGCCGUGCUGGAUAUGGUUACGGAUAGAUGCACAACCUCGUGCUUGCUGGUUUUCUUGUCCUGCGCGUUUCCUCGUUGGACCAUCGUUUUCCAGAUGCUGCUGUCGCUCGACUUCUCCAGCCACUACAUCCACAUGUACACCACACUCUCCAUGGCGGGCUCUGACAGCAGCCACAAGAACAUCGACGAGAGCCGCAGCAAGAUCCUCUAUUUAUACUACACCAACAAGACCGUUCUCUUCGUCGUCUGCGCCCUGAACGAGCUCUUCUUCAUCGCCCUUUACUUACUGAGCUUCUCGUCCCCGCUGCUUUCGCCGUCUCUCCUCAGUUCCGUGUCCAACUCGGAGGCUAUGCAGAUCCAGGCGGGCGCCCAAGUCAACACGUCUCUUCUGAGCCACAUCUUUCCGAACCCCUAUAGCGCUGCCGCUCUCGAGCUUGCCCGCGCGAACAAAAUGGACUCAACUUGGCCGUGGAUUCUUGCUUCCAUCAGCUGCCCUGUCAUGUUGAUUAAGCAAGGCAUCAAUGUCGUACAGCUCGUCAACGCGAGCAAGUGGCUGGCCGAGGGCGAUGUCGCCGCGAGACGGGCGAAGGGCUGCCCAAGAAGAAGACCAAGAGCACCUAGAAGCACCACAAAAUGGUGCUAG